AUGUUUGGAGAAAAGAUUCGAGGUCCCGGGAUGAUUAUCCUCCAGGCCCUUCGAGUCAUCACUAUCAUCAGCCUACUCACUGCUGGCGCCGCUUGUUGGAUUCUCAUCAUCAAGGUCGACACUUCCGCUGGGUGGUUCUUCUUUGAAGCCCUUUCCCUAGCCCUGACAAGCUCUGCAACCAUCUUCCUCAUCAUUUCGGAGCUACCUUUCUGCAAAACCUACUUCCUCAACCAUUGGCCUGCGUUCUCUGAUGAGCGCGGUCUUACCUGGCUUGGAGCAGGUCUACUUCUGAUCGGCUCAAAUGUUCUUGGGAAGCUCAACUCUCCCCAUAACACCAGCAAGAAGCUGGGGCUCCCCUUCUGGCGCCUCAUCUUGGCCGCGGGUAUCCUGACUAUCACCUCUGGUGUUCUGAAUAUCAUCUGCUCUCUCAUCUUCCGAGACGGUGAUAUCAAUGCUCGAAUGAUCCGAGCUGACGGCUCUCUUGCCAAGAGCAGGGAUGAAUCUGUACAUUCAUUCGGCAAGCCGCAUUCCGACUACAGCGCUUCCUUCCACAGUGAGAGACCUAAGAAGACUUUCAUGUCCUUCUUUUGGAAGAAGAACUCCGACUCAAACCCACCUCCCCGACCUCACAUCAGCCAACCGAUCACCCGCGACCGUGAUCAUGAUCUGGAGCGCAACGCACCCCCUCAGUACGCUCAAGGUUCUGACCACGAUGACCUUUCCGAUAUGGAUCGCCGAAGUCCGAUUGUCCCUGAAGUCCGACGUCCCGACACUGCACUGCACCCCAUGAACAUCCGUCCUAGAAGCAUAAGCAUGUACUCGGCAGCGCACAUGUCUCGUUUCUAA